GUCCAUGCUUGCACGGGUCAGCGAUUCCUCUUAAUUUGUUUGUUUCUCGAGACCAGCUAGAAGCUGCAUCAAUAAUGGUUUGUGAAGAUUAGUUUAAGUAACUAAUUUAAUACACUUGAUCACUUCACCAAUCUUAGCUCCUCCUCCAUCACCCAUCUCGACCCCAGUCGCCCCCACUCCAGUCUCCGGUGAACGAUCUACUCACAAAAUGCUGCCUUUCAGCACCAUCGACGAAGCGUCUGCGUUUCUUGGCAGGAACCUGACCUUGGCGGAGACGCUGUGGUUCAAUUACUCAGCCAGGAAAUCAGAUUACGUCUUGUACUGCCACAACAUCCUGUUCCUGUUUGUUGUUUUCUCGGUGGUUCCUCUGCCGCUUGUGCUUGUGGAGAUGAUGCGAUCUGUGGGGUUCGAGAAGUACAAGAUUCAGCCCAAGGUCCACACUUCGCUAUCCGACAUGUUCCGCUGUUACAAGGAUGUCAUGCGAAUGUUUUUUCUCGUUGUUGGUCCUUUGCAGUUGGUCUCUUAUCCUUCGAUCAAGAUAAUCGGUGUUCGAACGGGAUUGCCUCUUCCAUCUAUAUGGGAAAUUCUUGCACAGUUGGUGGUGUAUUUCAUGAUAGAGGAUUACACAAAUUACUGGAUUCACAGAUUCCUUCACGGAAAGUGGGGCUAUGAAAAAAUUCACCAUGUUCACCAUGAAUACACUGCUCCCAUUGGGUUUGCUGCACCAUAUGCACAUUGGGCUGAGGUUUUGAUUCUUGGGAUUCCAUCAUUUCUUGGGCCAGCAAUUGUUCCUGGGCACAUGAUCACAUUUUGGUUGUGGAUUGCUUUACGGCAAAUUGAGGCAAUCGAGACACACAGUGGAUAUGACUUCCCCUGGACUCCAACAAAAUAUAUUCCAUUUUAUGGCGGUGCGGAUUACCAUGAUUACCAUCAUUAUGUUGGAGGAGACAGCCAAAGCAACUUUGCUUCAGUGUUUACUUAUUGUGAUUAUAUCUAUGGAACUGACAAGGGCUAUCGAUACCAAAAGAAGAUUUUGAGGAAGCUGAAAGAGGAAAUUGAAAAGAGUGGUGCACAGAAUGGUGGUUCAUACCCUAUUCAUGCUCAAGAUGUUAAAUCAGACUAGCUGAGCAACAGAAAUGCAAUCACUCUGUGGAAAAAAGGAAGCCCCUUCAGUAUAUUUCUCAAUUCUCAGCUGCAAGAACUCCUGGGAACUUGAUCCUGAGAAGUCUUAUUAGUAUGAUAAAAUAGUCUUUGGUGGUUUUGGUGGAGAUUAUCUUCGAGUUUAGGAAAUGGGAUUUUUGUGUAGCUUGAGGAGAACUCGGUUUCCCCUUUUUAGGUGGUACUAUGUUAGUGUCUGGAUUUCUGCUUUCUGCUGUCUUCAAAUUAAAAUUUAUGAUGUUGGCCAAAAAAAAAAGUGAAACUUUAUGUAUCAGACUUGUAGUUUCAAUGUUUUUGAGUAUGAAAUCUGCAUAUAAAAUUCAUUGGGUGGU